AUGGUACCUAUUGAAGAUCGGGAGCUAUUAGCUCAAUUGGAAAAUGACAAUGAACAGCAUCAGAAUGGCGCCGAAACCUAUGAGCAGGGUGAAGAAUCGGUUGAUUUAUAUGGCCCCACCUUAGGUCUAUCGCGGGCGCAAAAUCGAUCGAAAUUUUUUCAGCGCAAUGCAACUGCGAUGGAUACUCCUAUUCGCGACCGCAUCUCUAGUUCGAUUGAUGUUGGACCUUUUUCUAGCCCAUCUCUUGCGGUAAAUGCGCGAAAAAGACCACCUCUAUUCAUCCAGGAUGAUGUCCAAAAUGAUUGCCAAGCACCUAAUCAGCCCCUUUUCUCAUCCAAUACAACUUCCUCUCAAGGGUCAUUGACACAACGUGGCCUUUCGCCCUCGCCUCUUAAAGCUAGGGGAAUCCAAUUGGAUCAUGCACCGCCCAUGAUACAAGGAAUCCAACUUGUAUCUACGCAUGAGUUGCCGGAUCGCUUCCGUUCGGUUUUCCCUUUCCCAGUUUUUAAUGCUAUACAGUCUAAAUGCUUUCGUCCCAUCUACCAAGGAGACAGCAAUUUUGUCCUCUCGGCCCCAACUGGAAGUGGCAAAACCGCAGUUAUGGAACUGGCUAUCUGCCGACUUGUGACAAAUUUCAAGGACUGCCGGUUCAAGGUAGUUUACCAGGCGCCCACCAAGUCUCUAUGCUCAGAGAGGUACCGUGACUGGCAACACAAGUUCUCUUCCUUGGACCUCCAAUGUGCGGAACUUACUGGUGAUACUGACCAUGCACGGUUACGUAAUGUACAAAAUGCCAAUAUCAUCAUUACAACUCCUGAAAAAUGGGAUAGCAUGACACGGAAAUGGAAGGACCAUAUCAAACUAAUACAACUCGUAAAGCUGUUUCUUAUUGAUGAAGUGCAUAUUCUGAAGGAAACUAGGGGAGCCACACUGGAAGCUGUGGUAUCACGAAUGAAAUCUGUCGACUCCAAUGUCCGAUUCGUUGCACUCAGUGCCACUGUCCCAAACUCUGAGGAUAUCGGGGCUUGGCUGGGCAAGGAUCCUACUAACCAGCAUCUACCUGCUUAUCGUGAAAGGUUUGGCGAAGAAUUUCGGCCCGUGAAACUGCAGAAGUUUGUGUAUGGCUAUCAUAGCAACGGCAAUGAUUUUGCCUUUGAUAAAGCCUGUGAGGCGAGACUUCCCGAAGUCUUGGAGAAACAUUCAAAAAAGAAACCGACCAUGAUAUUUUGUUGUACUCGAAACUCUGCGAUCGCGACUUCAAAAUACUUGGCCAAGCUAUGGACAUCAACGAAUCCACCUAAUCGCCUAUGGAACGGGCCAGCCAGACCUGUUGCAGUUCAAAAUCCUGAAUUGAGAGAUAUCCAAGCAACCAUUUCCGCUGGUGUGGCAUUUCACCACGCUGGCCUCGAUGCCUGUGACCGCCAUGCUGUCGAAAACGGGUUCCUCUCUGGACAAAUCAAUGUGAUUUGCUGUACGUCGACAUUGGCAGUGGGCGUAAACCUUCCCUGUUAUCUUGUGAUUAUAAAAAACACAGUUUCAUGGCAAGAUAAUUGCUGCAAAGAGUAUCCGGAUCUCGAAAUGAUGCAGAUGCUUGGACGGGCAGGAAGACCUCAGUUCGACGACAGUGCAGUUGCUGUUAUUUUAACAAGGAAGGAAAGGUUAGAUUACUAUGAGAAGCUUGUUGCUGGAACGGAGCCUCUAGAAAGCUGCUUACAUCUAAAGCUGAUCGAUCAUCUGAAUUCGGAAAUUGGCCUUGGAACAGUUACGGAUGUUGAGUCUGCUACGAGAUGGCUUGCAGGGACGUUUUUCUUCAUUCGUCUCCGGAAGAACCCUGCUCACUAUAAGUUGAAAGAGGGCGCAAAUAGGUCAGACGAAGAGGAGAUGCUGAAGGAAAUCUGCGAGGAGAAUAUCAGGCGGCUGCAAGAAUGUUCACUUAUCACUUCGGAGGAGCCUUUGAGAUCGACAGAAUUUGGAGACGCGAUGGCUAGGUAUUACAUCAAGUUCGAAACCAUGAGGUUAUUCCUCUCCUUGCCACCCAAGGCGAAGAUGUCUGAAAUUCUCUCUGUCAUCGCACGGGCCGAUGAGUUUAGCGAGAUUCGAUUAAAAGCUGGAGAAAAGUCGUUAUACAAAGAGCUAAAUAAGGGAAACGGCAUCAAGUUCCCUAUUAAAAUUGACAUUGCCCUCCCCGCGCAUAAAGUAUCUCUACUUAUUCAGUCCGAGCUGGGCGGCGUCGAAAUCCCCACUGGCGACCAGUAUCAAAAGCACAAGUUAUCGUUUCAGCAAGACAAGGGAUUGGUAUUCUCCCACGCAAACCGGCUUAUUCGAUGCAUAACUGAUUGCCAACUAUCCCUUCAAGACUCGGUGAGCACGAGACAUGCCCUUGAGCUUGCUCGGGGUAUUGGCGCCAGGGUCUGGGACAACUCCGCAUUGCAGAUGAAACAGAUCGAGCAAAUCGGCAUCGUGGCUGUCAGGAAACUUGCUAAUGCUGGUAUCAGCAGUAUUGAGGCUCUCGAGGCAACGGAGGCAUCUCGGAUAGAUAUGUUGUUGAGCAAGAAUCCGCCUUUUGGCUCGAGAAUUUUGGCUCGUGUUGCAGAAUUUCCGAAGCCUAGGGUUUCUGUCAAAUUAGUGGAGAAGAACGGCCAUGAUGUCUUGCUGAGCGCUGAAUUGACUGACGUUUAUCAGUAUAUAUCAUGCUUCAUUAUGUGUGAUGACAUUGCGGGAACACUUCGUCAAGCGGAGCUUAGGCAUGAUAUUCCAGCCUCACAAUUCCCAACGAAGCGAACAGAAACUCCCCAUGGUAAAAACGAUUUGAAUGCCACGAUGAACACAUCAAGGAGGGGCAGUAGUGAUAUCACCAAAAAGGGGCCAAAAAGCCGGAGAGAUAUUGAUGAGUUCGAGGAUGACGGUCUCGAUGAUACGGAUCUGAUCGCAGCAGCUGAGGAUAUGGAUUACCACUCAAUUGAUGAGUCGGACGGAAACAGCGAUCCCGUUCAUGCAUUAAUUUCAACCCGGGAAACAGCAUCUAGCCGCGACAUCAAGGAAUCACACACCAACAAGUCAGUGGAGCCGGUUCGACUUGGAAAUGGGAAUUGGGCUUGUAACCAUCGCUGUAAGGAUAAAACUAAGUGUAAGCACUUAUGUUGUCGGGAUGGAAUCGACCGACCGCCAAAACCGAGCAAGAAACAAGAGUUUACAUCCAAUACUCUAACGAAGGCAACUACUACUUCGAAAGCAUCUCGGGAUAUAUCUGAGUGGACAAGGACUCAAGGGCUUUCAAAACAGCAGAACAGAAAUAACAAGCAAAAGUGGGAUGUUGAAAUUGUUGACCUGUGCGAUGAUAGCGAUAUAAAUACCAGACCUAACACAGCCGCCCCGACCAUCUGUUCUAAAAAAGGCACAAGCGCCCAAAGGCAGAGUUGUAUCGAAGAUAGUGUAGGAAAAGCGGCGUUAAAAUUCAAAAAGUUUUCUCCCACGUCAUAUCCGCUCUCUAAGCAGAGCCCACUAAGCCUACCGUUCCUCGAUGAGGACGAAUUUCGCGAACCGAACACUCCGUUCGGAAAAAGAGGAUAUUCUAGUGAUUAUAGAAAUUCCUUGGAAGAUGAUCUUCCGUCUCCUAAUACCUUGUUGCUGUCAUGCCUGAAGAAGGGGAAGGAAGAAGACAACGCGGAUUUUUACGUCCUUGAAGAUAAUGAGGAGGCGCCAUUCCAUGCGCUAGAUGAUGGAGACUGUGGUGGUAAAACCAUUUCUCCUCUGGCUCUGAUGAAAACUGAUAGCACGACACAUCUUCCGGAUGAUAUCAGUGAUAAACGUGCGUCGAGCCCAGAGAAGUCCUCGACCACAAAUGAUUCCCUUCUAUCGCCAUCGGCGACGAAGCCAGCAACGGUCAGAACAAACGACUCUCCUGCGACUGAUGGCACACUUAAUACCAUUUUGUUCCCAUUACCUGACCCCAAUUCUGUCGUACUCCAUGUCGAAGGCUCUGAUCCAGACGAUUUAAUAUUCGUCAAUGAUCAUACUUUCUACAACAAGGAAUAUGACUUCCAGUCAUUGUCACAUGCAAAACGCCCGUACAAUACAGCAGUUGGCAGUGGCUACAUGGCUAAUGAUGAUGAUUAUGGCAAUGAUAUCGAAAAUCCUAAAUCGAAUAAAAUAUGCAGGUAUGAGUCUGCAGACACCGGCACUGCGGUUAUUUCGCCUCCUCUCAGCACAGCCGUCAAUUUCGACCAUCUUCCCACUAGGUGUGAGAAAUCUACCAUAGGUAAUAAGGAAGAGAGUCAGAGGACGACACAAGGUGAUGGUACCACCGGUUGGGAAGGGGUCGAUAUAUCGCUCCUCGAAGAGUUUAAAGACGUUGUGGAGUUCUUUUAA